UGCGGCUACGCCCUAGAAUAAUCGUGACUGCGCCCCUGGUUGAUUGCACCCCUUCAUAUUGAGAUGGUGCUGUCGACCACUUGCAUGGCCUAGUUUGGUACCUGUGGUUUUCCAUAGCUUACCAGGAAAAGCACGGUCGCCUGUUUUUCCAUUCAGAUCAGUUAUCAUGCCUCUUUAUGAAGGCAUUGGGCUCAUUGGUGAAAAGGACCUGCAUCCUGUUGUGCUGGAUAUUGGAACUGCCUACACAAAGUGCGGCUUCGGCGACGAGACGGGCCCGCGCGCCAUCAUCCCGUCGCGCGUGACGGUGGAUGGCCAUGAGCGCUCCGUCUUCGACUACCGCGGCGGCGACGACCUCUACCGGCUGCUGGUCGAGCUGAUGCAGAAGGUCUACUUCAGGCGGCUGCUGGUGAACCCGAAGGACCGGCCGGUGGUGGUGGUGGAGUCGUUGCUGACGCCUUCGCUCUUUCGCAACGUGCUGGCCAACGUGCUGUUCCGCCACUAUGAGGUGUCGUCCGUGCUGCUGGCGCCGUCGCACCUGAUGGCGCUGCUGCCGCUGGGUCUCCAGACGGGCCUGGUGCUGGACAUCGGCCACCGCGAGGCCGUCUGCAUCCCCGUCUACUGCGGCGUGCCGGUGCUGCGCUCAUGGCAGGCGCUGCCGCUCGGCGCCCAGGCCGUCCAUAGUGCGAUCCGCGCCAGCCUGACUGAGCACGGUGACGUGACCGGACCCGGGCUGGAGCCGCCGGACGUGAAGGACGUGGUGGCCACGCUCAGCGACGCCGUCAUAGAGGACAUCAAGAUGCGCACGGUGUUCGUGACGCCGGCGGAGCGGGCGACGCGCGAGCAGCCGGCCGAGGCGCUGUUCGCCGCCGACGCCGACAACCUCACCCUGGCUACCAUGGUGCUGGACGCCCUGCUGAAGUGUCCGCUGGACAUGCGCCGCCCGCUGGCCGCCAGCCUGGUGGUGAUGGGCGGCACGGCCCAGCUGCCCGGACUCAAGGCCCGCCUGCUGGCCGAGCUGCGCCGCCUGGUGGCGCUGCCGCCUUACUCGGACGCCAUGCGCGUGGACGCUAUCCGGCUGCACCGGCCGCCGGCCAAGGACAACUAUCUGGCCUGGCUCGGCGGAGCCAUCUUUGGUGGAACGGACGUGGUGCUGACGCGGUCACUGAGCAGGGAGAAGUUCCUGGAGGCCGGUGUGUUGCCAGACUGGUGCUCGCUGGCGUCUGGCGACGGCGCUUCUCGAGAUCUCUAGUUUCAUGGCUGGUCACCAGGUGGCACAGUCUGAUGCGGCCCCGUGCCUCUGGUCGGAGGCACGAGGAAACGUGAUUUUGCGUUGUUGAAAACGCGCUUUGUUUGGUGAGUGGCGUGUGCUAGAUUGACUAGCAUCUGUCUGUAUGGUGCGGCUCUCAAUCCGUGGUUUGCUGGGAAAGAUGCAUUGUACUUCCUUUUGUUUAAGGUAAAAGGUGGUUGCCCGAGCCAGCGGUUCCCUGUUCCCUGUUCAUGGGGGGGGGGGGGG